UGAUUAUUAUUUUUGUUGGUUGGGUACUCUGAAAAGUUUCUAAAUCUAACAACAAAAUUGCUAAAUUGGCAUCACUGAUCUCAAUACUGCCGGUGGAUGAGACGGUUGGAGCCUCUUUACCGCCGUUCAUCACACUAUAGAUCAUUUCCCAUAACAAUUGGACAGAAAACGCGGACAGUUUGUUAACAUAACAUUUAUAAAGGAUUUCAGAAAGGAUGUCCAGACGAGGCCGUACCGGUCCGACCGGGCUCCGGAGGAAACGGGACACGGAGGAGCACCGGAAGGAGAGAAGACGGGCUCUGCAGGCCCGACACCGGGCCAACCUGGCCAGCCUGUUCGAGACACUCAACACCGUGGUCUGUCCCACAUCCGACAAGAUGCCUGCUAAGUGGAAGAUCUUGGACCACGCCAAAGGAUUUCUGAAAGAGCAGGAAGCCCACCUGAGCAGACUGAUGCUACUGAAAGGGAUAUUCCUCGGGAAUGAAGACGGGCCGUGCAGCUUGGAGGAAGUGAGGGCAGAGUACCGGAGGCUGCAGUCACACAGCAGCUCCCUGCGCUCCAGAAGACCUGGUGGCCACAGACGUCAUGGCGGAGCUGACGGAGAGGACCUGAAUGAGACCAGUGAGGAAGACUCUGCGGAGGAGACUCUGGAUGACUCCGCCCCCUCUCAGACCUCCAUCAACUCUCUCACCAACAUCCUGGAGUUUGAAGGGUACUUGUUGUUCUACAGACAGACACUGGAGAAGUUGGUUUGUAGCGGUGUGCUGAGCCCGGGACAGACUGGUCUGGCUGUAGUAUCUGAAGCUAUCUCAGGCCUGUGGGAUAGCUUCUCUCCAGAGCGCCGGGCAGCCUACCAGACCUGUCCCCCCCAGCAGAGCACCCUGGGCUGGGAAGGGCCGCCAGAGACACCCUCUAAUCCUGUUCUAGACACCCACCUCCACCUCACGCUCCAGCCCUCCACUCAGGCAAACAGCCAGGGAGCCUCAUCUCCUUCUAGCUAUGAAGAGGACCUGCUUCAGGAUGCCUAUGAUGUGGUGAAGAAAGAGAUGGACUCUACUUCAGACCACAGUCCUGUCCUGGCCUCUCCUCAGUGUGGGGACUUUGACAAGCUCCGGGAGAUCUAUAAGGACAUCAUGUGUUUCGUCAAGACUCAGAUGGUGGAGAACCCAGAACAUAACCAGGACGUGUGUCUGUCUGCUAUGAGGGACCGUGAGGAGAUCUUUCUCCAAUGCUCCGAGUCCUUCGACAGUGAGGACAUGUGAAUCACAGGAGGCUGCUGACGGGAGGACGGCUCGUAGAAAUGUCCGGAAACGAAGCAAAUGGAAAUGACAUCAAACACCCUGAAACCAUGGAAACCAUGUGUGAUGUAUUUAAUACUGUUCCACCGAUUCCGCUCCUGUCAUUACCCACAAGCCUGUUCACUAACUUCCUGUUUCUGGGACCAAUCAGAACAGUUAGAAUGUGUUUGAUAUAUUUAAUACCGUUCCACUGAUUCAGCUCCAGUCAUUACCCACAAGCCUGUUCACCUCAAUUAACCUGUUCACCAACUUCCUGUUUCUGGGACCAAUCAGAAUGUGUUUGAUAUAUUUAAUACGUUCCACUGAUUCAGCUCCAGUCAUUACCCACAAGCCUGUUCUCCUCAAUUAACUUGUUCACCAACUUCCUGUCAUGUGACCACCUAUUAGUUCCUGGUGACAUGAAAGACACAGUGUGUUGCUUUGUUAUGGACUUGAUAAAUGAUCACGUUUUGGGAUUUGUUUUUUAUAAAUGUUCAGCUUUUCCACCCGUUUAGUGUUACAGACAUGUUUUAUAAUCUGACAUUCAUGUUUUUAUGUGAAGUUUUAUUAUGAUGUUUUAUAAUCUGGUUCCAAUCAUUCAUCAGUUUGUAUUUGAUGAUCAUUGUUCAGCCUUUUUAACCCAUUAAGAAUCAGCAUUUUGUCCAGCCAGUCUUUCUCUAUUAAACCUCAGCCUCAGAGCCA